GAAUCCUCACCUUCUCCUUACCAUGAGAUAAUCAUCAAGUUCCUCUACCAUUUCAUCACUUAGCUAUAAAAAUUUCCAACUUCCUUUCAAUUUCCUCAUUAGGGUUUCCCUUAUUCUUGUCCAUGGCGCCCCCACAUGGAGAAGCCAUUGUUAGCUCCUACGCUAGGGCUAACACCUUCUGCAAGCCACCGAAAGUCUCAACCGAUAACCUCCAACGAACCAUUUCUGACAUUUCCUUCGAGCUUAGCAAGGAGGCCAUCGGAGACUUGACACUUCCUCCAAUAUCUGAGGUUGAAGACGCGAAAUGUGAGUGCUGUGGCAUGAGCGAAGAGUGCACCCCAGAAUACAUUAAGCGGGUCCGGGACAAGUUCUUGGGGAAGUGGAUAUGUGGGCUGUGUACAGAAGCUGUGAAGGAAGAGAUAGAGAAGAAUGGAGGAAAAAAAGAAGAAGCAUUAAGCACACAUAUGAAUGCUUGUUCUAGGUUUAACAAGCUUGGCAGGGCUUAUCCAGUUUUAUUCCAAGCUGAGGCCAUGAGGGAGAUAUUGAAGAAGAGCACAAGGUUGGAUGGGAGAGGAGCUAGGGCUAAAUCUAUUAGCCCUAGGAUCGAAAAAACCGGGCAAAAAGUCGGCGGCAUUGCAAGGAGUUCAAGCUGCAUUCCGGCUAUUACAAGAGAGAUGAACGAUCUGACAAAGAGUAAUUGAUUUUCCCAAGUGUUCGGACAUGUUUAAUUUUAUGUUUGUCUACAUUUCUCUAUUCAUCUUCUCUAAUUAUUAGGUUUUCCUUUUGGAAAUUAGUCCAUUUCCGAACACCCCUUAAGCUUGCAUAUGUUUCCUCCAAUGGAUAGGAUCAGUCUUUGAUUUACCCUCCCAUGGUUUUUUGGGUUAACCUCUUAUCAUUUCUAGGGUUUCCUUUCAAUCUUUCAGUUGGGUUUUUUCUUAUUUCCCUUUUUUUUUAGUACAAAAACCACCAACUUUUCCCCCUAAAUUAGGGCUAUGUUAUUGAAACUUGGUCAUUAGGGUUUUUCGGGUUGGUCCAUGCUUUCUCUUACCCAUUACUGCAAAUGCAUGGCAGAGUUGAUUAAUAUGCAUGUGCAGUAUAAUCUCUCUCUCUCUAUCUAUCUAUCUAUCUCUAUCUCUAUCUAUUGAAUGUAAUAAAGCAUAGUUGUUAGAUGUUGUGAAGAGUUGUCAUGGCUAUGAUCUUCACUUCCACUCUAACCUGAGGGUCUUUAUUUGUAAUAUGUGACACCAUUUAUUUCAAGUAUUGAAGUCAUGUAUGUGGACAUGUAUAAGGUUUCAAUAAAUUAAUUGUUAUAUUGUUUUAUA